AGUUUUUUCCAAUAUUGAUUAAUACAGUGUCGAUAGUCUCAGCGCUCAUUUUUUAAAUUAGCAUUUCUAGACCUGUGCUUAGUCUAGAAAUGUUCUUUAUCCUUUAUUAUUGAAUAAUGAUAAAUUAAUUUGACUCAUCCGAGCACUCGCUAUACUCAAAAGUUUCCAGAUUUUUACUUGCCUAAUUCUCUCACCAUCACUCAUAUAGACCUCAUUUUAUUCUUAAUUCUCAGAGCCAUGGAGGUUUCUUAGAAAGUACAAGGGCAGUGCUUGUAGAAGCAUCUAUUAAUUCCCAAUAUGAAGCUUGUAUGAUCAGUUAUGCCCCUAAAGGACGGUCCCCUAUCUCUAUUCAUGCUAUGAUUUCGAUUCUUCGCUUCUAUUGUACCGCUAUUUUCGAUUAACAAUUAUUAUACAAUUACAUAAUUAUAUGAAUGCCAGUACAUUAGAAUAGUAAAAGAGGAAUUCGGAUCGAAAAAUUGAAUACUAUGCAUUGAAAUUUUCAUUGUGGAUGAUGCCCACAUGUGCGUUUAGCUUGUGCUUGGGCAAUUUGAUGAGAUGAUCAAACGUCCAUGUCUACCUGCGUGAUUCGAACCCACGACCAGGUAGAGCGCUUGCAGAUUGAAGUGUGCAACGCCUACUUAUUCAUGACUUCACUGAUUCUUGCCAGGGUUAGUUUUACAUCAACACUCACCCUACAGAUUGAAAAAUCUCUCAUCUUCCAAUAUUAUGAUUUUAUCAAAUCAUAUAUAUUAUUGUACCAGUAAUUAGUUGAACAUUUACAAGAGAAGGUUUGGCACAAUUCGCUAUUAAUAGGUAUGAGAAACCAAUAAUACUGCUGAUAGGCUCAGAGCCUAGCAAAUCUUGGUUACAGUGGAACCUCGAUAUAAUACAUCUCAUUGUAACGUUCUAAAAUAAUGUACUAUCACGAGUCUGUACUAAAUCGGGGUAUACUAUAUAUCUAGGUUGAAUGUGAGUAAUUUGUACUAUGUAGGGGUCCGAAAAUCCAAAAUGUAUGAUGACGGGAUUGAUUCGCGGGAAAUGGACUAAGUACGGUAGGGGUUUUGUAUACUAUUAAGGAAUUGAAGGGUUCUGCACACUUAAAAUGUACUACCAAGGAGUUUAUUGAUUUCUUUCUGAAACGGCAAAAUGUAUAACGGGGAAUUUACUAUAAUGGGGUGUACUAUAUCAAGUUUUCACUGUAGUCACCUACACUGUGUUUACUAUUUGAUUAUUACAAUGAUAUAAUCAAUAUACUAUUGCAACAGAUUCAAUCAUAUAUUUGGUAUCCCUCCCUAAUCAUUUAGAAUCAUACUCAUUUCAUAAAAAUGCUCAAUAGUGUGAAAAAUGUUGUAUCCUAUUAUACCAUUUAGCCUACCAGCUUUUAUACAGUAUAUGAAGUUUUUGUUUUCUAACCCUUCAACGUCAUCUAAUACUCAUCUAAUUGAACAUCCGUCACAAGCGUAGCACAAGAUGAGUAAAUACGGCUGUUUAUUUGCGAACCAACAAAGCUUAACGUUCAAUACAAUAAUUAUCUCUGUUGAUUUCGAUCACCGUUAUUGGGUUUUAUCAUCAGAAGAGUGAUCAAAUUGACAAUAAAAUACCGAUGUGACUGGAUCCACAUGAACAACUGUGUAAUCGAAAUAGACUGACAUAAUAUUGUCCUUGCCCCUAAAUCAUGUAGUCGUCUUCAUCCUGGAAAAGCAUACAAUAUUCAAUCAUUUCAUGUAACAAAAUUCGGCUAAAAAUUAAGUGAGGUGAUUUCUAGCUAAUUUAAUAUAAUUAUUAUAAUUAAUCGGCUUUGAUAUUAUUUCUUUCAUAAGAAUUCCCCUCAUACAGUAUCACCUUUGUCAAUGUCAGUGAAUAAUUCUAUACUGAACCUUGAAUAAUAAUUAUAUUAACCGGUAAUCGAGUUCCCUAUAAAGAACAACACGCCAGCAUAUGUAUUGGGCUUAGGUUAUGAGAUUUCCAAGAGACUUGUUUAGUUUCCGGCUUACAAGGCUCUCCUCAGUCAUUUUUCUUGUGCCAUUAUUUUGCAACGCAACGAUCGUUUUCCCAGACUAUGGCAAACCUGAUUCAGCUACUCUACUAUCCUGUCAGGAGAGCUGCAGUUUUUCAAUUGUUGAAUCGAUACCUAUAGGAAUGGAUUAUCCGGUUGGAUCAACUCUGCACAACUCAACAUUCUCAGUUUGGCAGGAAUUGAUUAGAGAUGCGACAAAAACUAUAGAAAUUGCUUCGUUUUAUUGGACUUUGAGAUCGUUUUUGCCUCGAGUGGAUCAGUUUAUUCACGGAGCAGAUCAAGGAGAACAAAUAUUCAACAGCCUUGUUGAAGCUGGUAUAGACAGAAAACUGACUUUGAAAAUAGUUCAAGAUCCUCCUGCCAAAACACGACCUAACAAUGAUACUGCUGAUCUUAAAGCCAUGGGUGCUGCCGAGGUGAGAAAUGUAUACUUCAGAAAACUGUUUGGGUCUGGAAUCCUCCAUACAAAAUUAUGGCUGGUAGAUCGGAAGUCAGCUUAUAUUGGCAGUGCAAAUCUGGAUUGGCGUUCACUUACCCAAGUUAAAGAAAUUGGAAUCUACAUUAAAGACUGUCCAUGCUUGGCGGAAGAUAUUGGAAAAAUAUUUGAUGUGUAUUGGAUGCUUGGCGAACCCAACGCCAAACGUCCGGACAAAUGGCCUUCACACUUGGAAACAAAUAUCAAUGAGGAUACGCCUUUGCCAGUCAAAAUUGAUAAUUCGGAUGCUGGUGUCUUCGUUACUAGUUCACCAUCAUUACUAUGUCCAGAAGGUCGCACUACAGAUUUACUCGGUGUUACAAAGAUUAUCAGCGAAGCAAGAAAAUAUAUCUACAUAUCUGUGAUGGAUUAUUAUCCUCUGAUCAUAUUCUCAAAGAAACACGAAUACUGGGGAAUUCUUGACACUUACCUGAAGACAGCUGCUAUCAAUUACGAUGUUGAAAUACGGAUGCUCAUUAGUAGUUGGACUAGUACCCGAGAUUAUGCCAAUUAUUUCCUCCGCUCUUUAGCUGAUAUUAAUGGUGCUUUCCACAAAACUAAAAUUUUCAUCAAAAUUUUUGUAGUGCCAACCUUUGGUGAACAGAGCAGAAUUCCAUACGCGAGAGUCAAUCACAAUAAAUUUGUGGUAACAGAAAACUCUGCAUGGGUUGGUACUUCUAAUUGGUCGGGAGACUACUUUCUUUCAACUGGAGGAGUGAGCUUUGUAACGGAAGGCUCUUCAACGUUGAGAGACCAACUAGAGGAGGUCUUCUUGAGAGACUGGAAUUCUCAGUUUGCAAACGAUCUAUCUAUGGAUCGACCCAAUCCAAAGGAUCAACCAAAAAUAGUUUUUUUUUAAAUAACUUUCCAAAAUCCAAUUAGACGAAAGAAAAUAUAAGACCUAGUUGACUCUAUAAUUUUCAAUUUAUCUACGAACAGUUUAAUUAUCUGUGUAAAACUUUAUACAAAAUUAUUUUCAAAAUUGUUUGCUAGAAAUAAAUCUUGAAUUUGUGUUCUGAAAUUUUCUAUACAAAAAAUUAUUUCUGUGAUUUCAUAAGAGAAUCGUUCAUAGUCAUAUUUUGAUCCUAUUCCAUGUUCCAUCCCUAUUGGCCCUAUUAGGCCACCACUUAUUCUAUUCAUAAUUUAACUCACCUUGAGCUACCAUACACAUUUUCAUAAUCGAUCAAUUUCAAAAAUGGUUAAGCUAGAAGUUGAAACCUCAGUGAACCGGUAGAAUAAGCGUGUUUUGCAAUCAAUUGAGCAGAAUUUGAAUUAUUGAGCUUAGUCUGUAAUUUAACUUGAAUAAAAUGUUAUCAAAAUUUUUCUCAAUAUUUUCAAGUUCUGAGAGUUUAUUGAAUGUAAUCAUUCUAUUAUAUUCGGUUUUUAAUCAAAUUCAAAAUUUCUAGUUUUUUCAUUUCUGGACUGAAAA